AUGCAUUCUGACAGUCUGGAACAGAACCGAUACCGAGGCAGUGGCCGUGACCGCGACCGCGACCGCGACCGCCGCAGAGACCGUUCGAUAGACCGACGCGACGACGACAACUACCGCGGAGGACGGCGCGACUAUAGGGAUCGGGACCGUCGCAGGUCGAGGGAUCGUUACUCCAACAGGGCCGCAUCGCCACCCACAGGUGGCCGAUCCAACAGGGACCGAGUCGACGACAGAGGAUACCGCAGACGAGACGACUCGAGAGACAGGGCGCGUGCGCGCCGCGAGGGCACGGCUGACUCGUCUGGCCGCGGGAGACACGACGGUGGCAGGACACCGGCGGGAGAGAAUGGGAGGGCCGAGCAGAAAACCGGCAGCGCUGCCCCCGACGCCAAGACCGACGCUGAGAAGAAGGCUGAACGCCUGGCAAAGCUGGAGGCCUGGAAGAAGAAGAAGGAGAGCGAGUCGCAGAAGCAGAAGGAUGUCAACCCCAGUCAGACGAGAAGCCUCUUGGCCGAGAUGGACAAGAAGGCCACCGGUGGUUCGCCCAAGGACCCGCCCAGAGACAGCCCCGCGCAAGAUUCCCCCACGGCGACGCCUGCUCCAUCGGCGACUCCGUACGCGGGAAAGUUCGACCCCAAGGCCAUUGCCAAGAAGUCGGGCAACCCGCGCAGCCAUGAUGACUCGCAGUCGGUUCUGGGAUCUGUCGACGUCAGGCCGGAAAAUCUGGCGGCACCCGCCAAGCCCGCCCCCAGGCCGUCUGCCCUCCCGGUCAAUCGAUCCAAGACGAGCGGCUUCGGGUUUGGCAAGUCGAAUGCCGAUCCGGACAAGCUGCCCAGCAAGCGUACCCUGGAUCUCGACGAGGAAGAAACCACCAAGCGAAAGCUCACCAAGCUCCCGGCCCUGCCCGACAUUGCCGACGACACACCCUACGCUGAUCAGGAUGACGACGAUGGCGAAUGGGAUCGUGACAACUUUGCCGAGAACGAAGAAGAAGCUGCGGCCGCGGCUCGCGCCGCCCAUGAGAAGAGGCUGCAGGAUGCGGACAAUCAGACGGGCGAUAAGAUGAAUACAGCGGAGGAGUCCAAGACAGAGCUGUCUGACGGCGCGCGGACAAACGGUGACGCACCGACAGAUUCCCCGGCGGAGAGCAAGGCACAGCCAGCCAGAGGGUCGAUCAAGAGUGCAGCCACACCCGCGCCGGCGCCAGCGCCAGCACCAGCACCGCAACCUCAGAAGAUGGUGGUGGAUGAGGAGGACGACGUGGACCCCUUGGAUGCCUUUAUGGCCGAUCUUUCACAAGAACAGACCAAGGUACCGGCUGCGAAAUCGGCAAAUCAAGCCAAGGCCGAACAUCAGGAACCGGAAGCAUACUUUAGCGACGACGACUUUGGCUUCGAAGCCGAGGAGGAUGGUGACGCUAAGCAGCUUCUGGCCAUGACGAACAAGCGCAAGAAGAAGGACAUUCCCUCGGUCGACUAUAGUAAGAUUGACCUGCAACCAAUCAGGAAGAACUUUUGGGUCGAGCCUUCGGAGCUGAGUACCAUGUCGGAAGCCGACGUGGCGGACCUGCGUCUCGAGCUGGACGGUAUCAAGGUUAAAGGGAAGGAUGUGCCCAAGCCUGUCCGGAAGUGGGCACAGUGCGGUCUCACGCAGCAGAUGCUGGAGGUCAUCAGCAAUCUCGGGUACGACAUGCCCACGCCCAUUCAGAUGCAGGCCAUCCCUGCCCUCAUGUCCGGCCGGGACGUCAUCGGCGUAGCCAAGACAGGAUCCGGAAAGACGGUUGCCUUCCUCCUCCCUAUGUUCCGGCACAUCAAAGACCAGCCGCCGCUCAGGGACACGGACGGCCCCGUUGGACUGAUCAUGACACCCACCCGAGAGCUAGCCACGCAGAUUCACAGGGACUGUAAGCCCUUCCUCAAGAUGAUGGGACUGCGGGCGGUAUGCGCAUACGGCGGUGCCCCGAUCCGCGAGCAGAUUGCCGAGCUCAAGCGGGGCGCGGAAAUCAUCGUCUGCACUCCGGGCCGCAUGAUUGAUCUCCUGGCGGCCAAUCAGGGUCGCGUGACCAAUCUGAGGAGGGUAUCGUACGUGGUGCUGGACGAGGCUGACCGAAUGUUCGACAUGGGUUUCGAGCCGCAGGUGAUGAAGAUCUUCGCCAACAUGCGGCCGGACAAACAGACGAUUCUGUUCUCGGCAACCAUGCCUCGGAUCGUGGACGCCUUGACCAAGAAGGUCCUCAAGAGCCCCGUCGAGAUCACGGUCGGCGGCAAGAGCGUGGUCGCCAAGGAGAUUGAGCAGAUUGUCGAGGUGCGCGAGGAGUCGACCAAGUUCUUCCGUAUACUGGAGCUUCUGGGUGAGCUGUAUGACCGCGACGAAGACGCGCGCACGCUCAUCUUUGUGGAGCGCCAGGAGAAGGCCGACGAUCUGCUCAAGGAGCUCAUGGUCAAGGGCUACCCGUGCAUGUCGAUCCACGGCGGCAAGGACCAGGUCGACCGCGACUCGACCAUCUCGGACUUCAAGAAGGGCGUGGUGCCCAUCCUCAUCGCCACGUCGGUGGCGGCCAGAGGCCUGGACGUGAAGCAGCUCAAGCUCGUCGUCAACUACGACGCACCCAACCACCUGGAGGACUACGUGCACCGUGCCGGCCGCACAGGCCGCGCAGGCAACACGGGAGUGGCCGUGACGUUUGUGACCCCCGACCAGGAGAACUGCGCACCGGGCAUCGCCAAGGCUCUAGAGCAGAGCGGCCAGCCCGUUCCUGAAGAUCUGGAGAAGAUGCGCAAGGCCCAUAGGGAGAAGGUCAAGUCGGGCAAAGCCAAGGACAACUCCGGUUUCGGCGGCAAGGGACUGGACCGGCUGGAUCAGGAGCGCGAGGCGGCGCGCAUGCGCGAGCGCAAGACGCACAAGGCCGAGGGCGACGGCGAGGACGACGACGACAAGGACGAUAAGAAGGAGAAGGACGACGACAGUAAGGUGGAGAAGGCGCUCAACGCCAUCAGGGCGGCCGCAUCUGGAGUGCAGGCGCGGCCCAAGAGCGUCGAGGGCGACGAGUCCAAGGGGGGCGACGGCAACAAUGGCGGGGCAUCGUCAUCGUCGGCGGCGGCCGGCGGUGCCGCGGCAGGAGGAGACAAGCACAGCCCUCUUGACAGGGUCAGCUCGGCCAUCAGCGCCAUCAACAGCCGUCUCGGUAAGGCGGGCCAGCUGCGCGCGGGCCAGCCCAUCGACAACAAGGGCCCCGACGCGGGAGCAUUCCACGCGACGCUGGAGAUCAACGACUUCCCCCAGAAGGCCAGGUGGGCCGUCACCAACCGUACCAACGUGGCCAAGAUCCUCGAAGCCACGGGCACGUCCAUCACGACAAAGGGCACAUUCUACCCUCCGGGCAAGGAGGUGCCUCCCGGGGCGGAGGCGAAACUGUACAUCCUCAUCGAGGGAGACACGGAGGUCGUCGUGAGCUCGGCGUUGAGCGAGCUGACGAGGCUGCUGAGGGAGGGGACCAUCGCGGCGGCGGACGCGGACAAUCGCGCGCCAGCGAGUGGACGGUACACUGUUACUUGA